AUGGCUUCUAUUGCUGCUGUGCUUGCCGUCGCCGGCCUUGCUGCCGGUGCGACAAUCACCACAACAGAGCCGGCUCUGGCAGCGAUUGAAGCUGCCCAGCAAACAACAGUGCCUCUAGCUUGGACUUCGAAUGUCACUGGAAAGGCUUUUGAUCGCUUUUAUCAAGUUUGGCUGGAGAAUGUGGAUUACAACGACGCCGCCGCGAACGCUGACCAACAGUGGCUGGCCAGUCAGGGCAUCACAUUGACAAACUAUUAUGCUGUCGGCCACACCUCUCAGCCCAAUUAUUGCGCUGCUGCUAGUGGUGACAAUUAUGGCAUGGACAAUGAUUUAUUCCACGACAUUCCGACAAAUGUAUCGACUGUGGCCGAUCUAUUGAACACAAAGGGCAUUUCAUGGGGCGAAUACCAGGAGGAUAUGCCAUAUCCUGGCUUCCAGGGGUAUAACUACUCCAACCAAAAAACUUAUGCGGAUGACUACAUGCGCAAGCAUAAUCCUCUAGUCAUGUUCAACAAGAUAUCCAGCAACGAUACCGCCUUACGUCUGAUAAAGAACUUUACCUCCUUUGAGAAUGACCUGCACAAUAGACAACUUCCUCAGUGGGCUUUCAUCACACCUAACAUGACCAAUGAUGCCCACGACACCAACGUCACAUACGGCUCGCACUGGCUACGCGGAUUUGUGUCUAGGCUAAUGAAUGACACUUACGCCUGGGAUAAUACCCUCAUGCUGCUCACCUUCGACGAGUCGGAGGUCUAUAAUGUGCCUGAAUCGGAGAUCUAUAGUGUGCGCAACCGCGUUUUUAGUAUCCUACUAGGCGGUGCCAUCCCAAAGCAUCUUAUCGGCACGAAGGACGACGCUGUUUACACCCACUAUUCUAGUCUCGCUACCGUGGAGGCCAACUGGGGUCUCCCCUCGCUGGGCCGAUGGGACUGUGGUGCUAACCUAUUCCAAUUCGUCGCUGACAAAGUCGGCUAUACCAACUGGGCCAUCGACGACACAAACCUGUAUAUCAACGAGUCACUACCUGGUCCGCUCAUGAGAUGGGGGUUGACAGCUUAUCGGUUCAAUUGGCCCGUACCCACCACCAGUGGUUCCUGCUCAGCUGGUAACGGCAUCCUCCAGUCUGUUAUUGACAUGUACAAGGGCCGCGCUCCGACAUACAACUACACUGCUCCCUUUCCUUAUGAUACCAUUUAUGGGAUGGAUGUCGGUAUCCCCUACUCCCGCAAUGGCACGACUUAUGUGUCUGGUAUCAACACUACAGGAGUUGCUGGCCAUGACACGUUUUCGAGUACCCCAGGUGUUAGUGCCCACCUUGCCGCCCCUACAAGUACUGGUACAGCUGCUGCAUCUACGAGCACUGGCGCUGCCUCUACGAUGGCUGUUUCAUCUGCUGGGUCUCUGACUGCUUUGCUGGUCGUUGUGCUUGGACUUUUAUAA